AUGACCUCCACCAUCCUCCCUCGCAGCUUCUCGCUGCUGUAUAUUCUCUUCAUCGUAGAGCUCAUUCAAGUCUCUGCUAUGGCGCUGAUGCUAGCAUCUGCCGCAAUUUCCGGCGUUGGGCUCUUUGUCUACAGAAGCUCAAGUCGCCUUCACACAGCCUGUACCAAUUUUCUUUCAGAUUAUGAGGCUCAAGAUUCCGAUGAUGGCAUUUCUCGCAAACGUCGCAAGGUCAGGCGCCCCGAGGUCCUCGACAACUCUGAGAAAACAGAACCACCUAUCCCAACAGAGGCGAUUCUUGACGCUCCUGAAAACGUCACACAGCCUUUGUCCAAUACCACAGUCGAGACAUAUUUCGACGCCCUUGAAAGCGCCACAGAGCCCCCAAAGGAACACGAGGUUAAUGACAACACUUUCGUUAUUUACAAGGACGAAGACACCGACUUCCUUGACUAUCUAGAUAUGGAAUCUAGCGGCCAGGAGGAUAUGUGGCCUGGGCCCGGACCCCUGGUUUAUAAUAAGGCAAAGCCAGGACCGUCACCAAGUGUUUCUUCCAUCGGCGACAUCUUUGAAGAGCUUGGCAUUUCAGCCUUCGAUCUCAACGACGGAUAUGAAGACGACGAACCCAAGAUUACUUGGCUUGACGACGAUAACGAGCUUAAUGAGCUUGCUAGAGGCUUGGCUCAGCGAUACCGAUCAGCUCGCGCAGGGAAAGAACCAGUUGUAGCACCACCAGCGCCAAAGCCCGAUGGACGAAUCGAAGAGCUCAUGGCCUUGCCCUCCGUCGAAACCCUCAAAAUCAGCGACGAAUCAAAAGCCGAGGUCGAGACUUUGCAAGCAAAGGCAGCAGAAACUCGCCUGGUUGACCAACAACGUGAAAAGCUAGCCAAGGAGAGGUUCUUGCGAGACCAGGCCCUGCAAAAGUUGAAGGAAAGAACAGCCAAGGGACCUCGUCAACCCGUGGUGGCUCCUCUCAGCGACCAAUGGAUAGAGAAGAUUGUGAAUACGAUUGAGCUUUCAGAAACAGACGUGGUGGCCACGACUUGCCAGGGAACACCUCUUCGCCGGCAUGAUUUCGCCACAGUGGCUGCAGCUAAGACCUGGCUAAACGACGAGAUCGUCAACGGAGCCCUCGCAGAAUUGGAGAAGCAAAUCAACUUGGUGGCUGGCAUCACCGACUACAAGCAACAGGGUCGCAAAUGCCUUGUUAUGAACUCAUUUUUCUGGCCUCGAGUCAAAGAGGCGGGCGGCAAGAAGACACAAUCCAUCCUCCGUCGCAUGGGUGUCACUCCGAAAAACCUCUUACUGAUGGACACGAUCCUGAUUCCUAUUUGCCAAAAUUAUCACUGGACACUUAUGGUGAUUCAGCCCAAGCAACGAAAAGUGAUGCACGUCGACUCAUUCAACCACCGCUCAUCUCACCCCGAUUUGGCACUCGCAUGGAUGUCAGACUAUUUGGGCGAUCUCUAUCAUGCCAAGCCAUGGGAGGUGGUUGUUUUGAAGACCCCUCAACAGAACAACGGCUACGACUGCGGUGUACACGUCAUUACAAACGGCGUCUGUCUUGCUUUGGGGCUCGACCCCCUCCAGAGCUACGAUGUGGGGGAAAUGGCCCUCCAAAGGCUGAGAAUCGCAGGAAUGUUGUUGAACGGGGGGUUUGUGGGGGACUUUGACCUCUGGCAGCAGUAG